AUGGAACUUGAAAAAGUUAAUAUUUGGUUAGAUUGUGAUGUUGGAAAUGAUGAUGCAAUGGCAAUCAUUUUAGCUUUGUUUCAUCCCAAGUCAAAUCUAUUGGGGGUGUCAACCUGUUUUGGAAAUACAUGGUAUUUUUGACAUAACGACCUAGUCUCGAGAACUGUACAGCCAAUACAAUCAGAAUAUUGAGUUCCGUAGGCAGGUCUGAUGUACCAGUAUUUAGAGGAGCUGAUUGUUCAUUAAGAUCUGUGAAGGCUUCAGCUGAAGUGCAUGGAAAAUUAGGUUGUAUUUGAUUUAAUAAGAUGAAUAGGAUUAUUUGGAGCAGAAAAAUUGAUCCAAACUUUUGAACCAGUAUAAAAUAUCUCAUUGAAUGACCUAAUUAAAAAGACUGCUGGGGAAUAAAAGGUAUUAAUAUAUCUUAAAUAACAUAGUUCGUAAUAAUUGUAACAGGCCCAUAAACAAAUAUAGCAAUUUUAUUAAGAGAUCAUCCAGAACUCAUCCCUUAGAUAUCAGAGAUUAUUUUUAUGGGAGGAACUUCAGGAUUUGGUAAUGCAACACCGAAUUCAGAAUAUAAUAUUUAUUCAGAUCCAGAGGCAGCAUAAUUUGUAAUAGAUACUUGCAAAAAACAUAAAUUAAAACUAGUGAUGAUUGCAUUAGAUCUAACAUACGUAUUAUAUAAUUAAUUAUUAAGACAUGCUUAUUGGUUGAGCCUAUAUAAUAGAAGAUUUAAGACAUCAAUACAAAAUUUUCAGAUUGGUGUCUAGAAAUGCUUAAGGAAUUUUAGGCUGCCUACAAAGCUGAAGAAUUCGAUUUCCCUCCUAUUCAUGAUCGUAAUACAUAUUCCUUAUAUAUAUUAUAGCUGUUGCUGUGUUUUAUGCACUUCAACCUGAACUUUAUACAACCAAACCACUUUUUGUUGCUGUAGAUUGUGAAUCUAAAUUAUGUUAUGGGAGAACAGUAGUUGAUAAACAUGGAAUUUUAGGAAAAGAACCAACUCUAUAAUUUGCCAGGAGAGUAGUGGUUGAAGAAUUUUGGAAUUAAAUGAUAGAAGCCAUAAAAAUAGCAUCAAAGAAUUCUAAAAUAGAAUGA